GAUUGUUCAAAUGUAUUGAAAUUUUAUAAUAUUUAAAUUUGAUUGUACAAAUUUAUCAAUGCAUAUAUAUCAUCAAUUUUUUUAGAUAUGUCUUCUGCGGUUAUGCAACAUCACGAAGGUGAUGGUGGGGCAAAUCCUCCUCCAGAUCCAAUGCAGAUACAGGCUGAUUGUGAGAGAGUGACGACUAAAACGAAAAGGCGCGGCAUCAACAAGGGGUUUUCAACUCGAGAAGCUAGAGUUGCAUUAGGUAGACCACUACCACUGGAGUGGGAUGUUCGAGGGAAGACUUACAAAGAAAUUGGUGAUUAUUCCCAACAUUUCUCUAGAGAGAUCGGCAUUCUCAUUCGACAAUAUGCCGAUCCCGACUACGACCGAUGGGAUAAAGUACCCAGCGAAGUUAGAGAUCGCAUACUUCCUCGUCUAGAGGAUGAUUUAUUCGACAUUGGUCGAAGUCGAUAUGCCUCAGAGAACCUCCCCGGCAUUCUUUUGGGCAUUCAACGGUCGUGCGCUGAUCAUUACUCGGAGUGGAAGAAUGACUUGUCCACUCAUUUAAAAAAGAAUGGUCGAGCACAUCCUCCUGAUGGUUUGGUGGUGGAGAAAUGGCAGAAGGCGCUCCAGUAUUUUGAUCGCCCUGAAGUGAAGAGGCGUUCUGAGACUAACUCUGCGAACCGUGCAAAACAAAAACAGAGAAGCGUACAGGGUUCACAGUCUACGCCAGCCCUUUCGUGA